AGAACAUGAAUGAAUACUCUGAAUCAUGAAAGUACAUUUUAAGGAUGAAAUGUACGAAAUGGAGAUUAUACAAUUUCAACCAUAUUCUCUCUCAUUUCGUGUUGAUUUUCGAUAAAAUGUUGCUAUAAUUUUGAUAUAAAUGGCCAGUGUGGUGCAGGUAAACAACAUUUGAACUUGGCGGUGAAAAAGUUUGUGUACUGUAAGGUGCUGCCGCCUGCUGGUGAUAUGUGGCGUAACGCGCCGCUCUCCUCAUAUUUUACCGUUUUUAUUGUAUCUCUGGCCCUUGCUGGAGAUAAAAGCCACCCUGACGCCACAAACGACUAUUUAGCUUUCGACUACCGUGCAGUUUGCCGAGUUUUCAUGAUUAUUUUUUUGUAAAUUUGGUCAAAUAUUGACACAUCCAACGGUUGAGACCGCAACUCCCAGGAUGCAUUUCGCUUGAUAGUUUUAAACAUGGCGGACACCUACAAACUUGGAGACCUAGUUUGGGCCAAGAUGAAGGGUUUCUCUCCGUGGCCGGGUAAGGUCAUACCUGCAAGGGAUAAUGUUAAGAAGCCUAGCAAGAAACACUGCCAUUUUAUAUACUUCUUUGGCAGUGAAAACUAUGCAUGGAUUGAAUCUGCCAACAUGAAGCCAUAUUUCCAGUACAAAGGGCGUCUAAUGAAUGCCAACAAAACUUCAACAUUUAAAGAGGCUGUUGAUUGCAUUGAAAAAUAUAUUGGAGAAAAUAAUAUUUUGGUACCAGAGAUGAAAGGGAGCACCAAUGAUACAAAUCAUUCAGAAAAGAGCACCACUCCAUCCAAAGAAAGAAAAAUUAAGACCACACCCAAAAGGCGACCAAACAGUGAUGCCAGCAGUGUAGGGGGAAGUGGAAGCGCUAAACGUAUCAAGACAGAGUCAGUCAGACUUAAAGACUCUUCACUCACAUCAUCUCCCAGUCACAAUUCCAAGGCUCGUGUGUCAGCCCUUCUGAACAGACCAGUUCACAUUGAAAGACCAGAAACGCCACCCUUAGAUGUGGGUAGUGUGAGUCAGACAUUGAAGGACAAGAAAAUUGAGCCUUCUGGCCUGAAGUUUGGAUUUUUAGGCUUGGGUAUUAUUGGGUCUGGAAUUGUCAAGAAUCUUCUUAACAGUGGACACAGUGUAAUGGUGUGGAACAGGUCUUCAGAGAAGUGUGGAGACUUUGUAAAUGCUGGAGCGAAGGAGAUGAUGACCCCAUCAGAUGUCAUUGCUGCAGCUGACAUUACAUUUUCCUGUGUGUCUGAUCCUCAGGUUGCUAAGAAUAUGGUAUUUGGGAAUUGUGGUGUCUUACAGGAGAUCUCUGCAGACAAAGGUUAUGUUGAGAUGACAGGAAUUGAUGCUGAAACAUCUCAAGAUAUUGCUGAGGCCAUUGGUGCUCAGGGUGGCCGUUAUCUUGAAGCUCAGGUGCAGGGCAGCAAAGUACAGGCAGAGGAAGGUACAUUGGUUAUCUUGGCAGCUGGAGACAGAACUCUCUUUGACGACUGCCAGAGCUGCUUUCAAGCUAUGGGCAAAAAUUCCUUUUAUUUAGGUGAAGUUGGAAAUGCAAGCAAGAUGAACCUCGUGCUGCAGGUUAUGGCAGGAGUAACGUUAGCGGGGCUAGCAGAGGGAAUGGCUUUAGCAGAUCGUGCAGGCUUACAACAGAAAGAUGUUAUGGAAAUUAUGGAACUUACCUCACUGGCUUGUCCACUCAUGAUUGAGAAAGGCAAAGCUAUUAUUGAAGGAGGAUUCCCAACACACCUGCCACUCCAGCAUAUGCAGAAAGAUCUUCGCUUAGGGAUGCUCAUGGGAGACAUGCUGGAACUUCCACUCCCACUUACAGCUGCUACAAAUGAGGUUUUCAAGCAUGCAAAGCGACUUGGAUAUGGAGAACAUGAUGUCUCUAGUGUUUACAUACGCACUCGGUUCUAACAGAAACUAUAAAUGUGAUUUUUCAUUCAUUGCAAAGAGAACAAGAAUAAACCAAAAGCAUCAGUAAAAAUGUGCAUUGCAAAUUAUGUUUUUGUAAUAGUGGUUUCUAUCAAAUUAUAUGUUUUACCUUAUUGGUAUACAAAUAUCUCCACUACACAGGUCAAAAAUUUCAUCUUGACAGAUUUGAUCUUAAAUUAAUACUACCAAAAUUUUGAUAGUGCAUUUUUUUGAUGCUUUUUAUUACAUGCCUGACAAAUGCAAUGUAUUGAGUGAUGUUUUAUUAAGUGCAGAGUCAUUGGUGUCAAGUGACUGCAAGAUGGACAGGUCAGUAUGUUGAUAGUUAACUGUGGAAGAAUUUGGGUUUGUAUAGAACCAGCUGUUAAAAUUUAUUAAGGUUUAUUGGCUUGCCCUGAUAUCAACUGAGCCAUAUACAAGUUUGUCCAUUUGGCGAGUCAGUCCUAACUCUUCAAUCUAUCUCUUUAGUCGUAAGUAUGAAUGAUUUAUUGGAUGAAUAGAUAUAAUUCUCAGGUCAUCACUAAUUUGUCAAAACACAAUCAUGCAAAGAAAAUAAAAUUUGCUGAAGCUUAGACAAAAAGUGAGACUUGAUUUUAUUAUAUUAAAUAGAAGAAUAUUUUCGCAAUAUUUGUGUUUUGUUAUGUAAGUUUUAUAUAAGUCAUUAAGGAUGAAGUAGUUUAAAAAUAAAAAGUUUAUCAAUAUGGGGAAGCAGAUGUUGAAAAUACAGUCUGACAGUCAUUGCUCACUCAACAGUCAUUAUGGAUAUCAGAAUGCAUAGGUUUAUAUAAUUUUUACAGUUUUAUGAAAAAAACUUACCCUUUUGUUAGUACAUGUAUUUUAAUUAGUUCUGAACAUGUGUAAUUGUUACACCUUUUAAGCAUUAUUCUAAAAUUACUCUUUGCCUCUUCACUUGUAUAGUACAAAAUUACCUGCAUACUGUGUUCUGUAUCUGUGGAUUGUAUUACUUGUAUAUACUGUAUAGCUUGACUAGAGAACUUAUAAGGACCAACAGAUACACACACACACACACAGUGGAAACGAACUCCAUACAGAGAUUCAAAACAGUAUUUAACAGGGCUCAAUCAUGGUCAAUUAGUUGAAAGUUAGGAAAGUUGAAAGUUCAUAUAGAAAAUUACAAAUAGAUAAUUGCAUAACUAUAUUCAGAUGUUCAUAUUCUGUGGUAUAAUUUUGUUAGUUACAAACUAUUAAAUUGUAUUUUAUAAAUUAAUUAUUUGCAGCUUAGAUGUAUUGAUUAUAUAAUAGGCAAAUUUGCCCUUGCCAGAGAUCCUAGGUCAUAAAAUUUACAUUAAUUAAUAUUUUCAUAAUUUAAAAAAAAAUAAAUGUAAAUAGAAGCUAUGAGAGG